UCACUGCGCCUUCUGGGUCUUGGGGGGCCUCUCCCCCUGCGGCUCAAAGCCUCAUCCUCUCCCCUUACAACAGUGCCCAGUAAAGCGUGCCCCACUUUGACGCGUUUCACCCCCGCUCCAGUGCAGCCUGGACCUUGCUCCCCGGCGCAGGGCUCUAAUCUCCGCCUUAGCGCGGGGCCCGCCCCUUCCCGCGGAGAGAGUAGAGGCCACAGCCGCUCAGGACUGACCGACUAUCACUGAACCUGUGACCCACCGAGGGGUCGUGUGGCCUAAUGGAGGAGUCUAGAGAUCCCUGUGGGGACCCGACGGUCUGGAACCAGACGGAACCUGAGCCUGCCACUGACCACCUGCUGAAUCUGUGCUUCCUGAGAACCACGGGGGUCUGGCUGCCUCCUUUGUACCUCUGGGUCCUCGGCCCCAUUUACCUCCUCUACAUCCACCGCCAUGGCAAGGGCUACCUCCGGAUGUCCCUGCUCUUCAAGACCAGAAUGGUGCUUGGGCUCGCCCUCAUCUUGCUGUGCACCUCCAGCACAGCUGUCACUCUCUGGAGAAUCCAUCAGGGAGCACCCCAGGCCCUAGAACACCUCAUUCACCCCACUGUGUGGCUCACCACCAUGAGUCUGGCUUUGUUCCUGAUCCAUGAAGAGAGGAAAAAAGGGGUCCAGGCAUCUGGGCUGCUGUUUGGGUAUUGGCUGCUCUGCUGUCUCUUUCCAGUGAUAAGCAUUAUCCAGCAGGCCCAGCAAGGGAUCUCCCAGAGCGACCCAUUCCCCUACCUGUCCACCUAUCUGUACUUGUGUCUGGUGGUGACACAGUUCGUGCUGUCCUGUUUUGCUGAUCAACCCCCCUUCUUCCCUAAAGAGCCCCGGCAGCAGAAUCCUUGUCCAGAGGCUGGGGCCUCUUUCCCCUCCAAGAUCAUGUUCUGGUGGGUUUCUGGGUUGGUCUGGAAGGGCUACAGGAAGCUGUUGGAACCAGAAGACCUGUGGUCGCUCAGUACAGAAUACUGCUCUGAAGAAUUGGUUUCUCAGCUACAAAAGGAAUGGAUAAGAUGCCACAGUGCCGCCCAGCGAAGCACAGAGAGAACGGUAUUUAAAAGAAAAGGAGGCCCCAAGAUGGAGAGUCCAGAGACGGAGGCUUUUCUGCAGCAGGAAGGGAGCAAGAGAAGCAUGCUGCUGAGGGCCAUCUGGAAGGUGUACCGCUCCAGCUUCCUCCUCGCCACCCUAAUAAUAGUCAUCUGUGAUGUCUUCAGGUUCAUGCUCCCCAAGUUACUCAGAGUUUAUGAAGGAUCCCAAGGCCCCAGCCUGGAAGGGCUAUGUGCUGGCAGUGCUGAUGUUCCUCACCACCUGCCUGCAGACGCUGCUCGAGCAGCACUACAUGUACAUACUCAAGGUGCUGCAGAUGAGGCUACGGACAGCCGUCACUGGGCUGGUGUACAGAAAGCAGGUGCUGACAUUAUCCAGCGGCUCCAGAAAGGCCAGCUCAGUGGGGGAUGUGGUGAACCUGGUGUCAGUGGACUUGCAGCGGCUAACGGAGUGCAUCAUCCACCUCAACGGGCUGUGGAUGUCAUCUGUCUGGCUCGUCAUCUGUUUUGUCUACCUCUGGCAGGUACUGGGGCAGGCAUGAGGCUUCUCGGACCCUCAGCUCUCACUGCCUUUGCUGUCACCUUGGUUCUUCUCCCUCUGAACUUCGUCAUCACCAAGAAGAGGAACCACUAUCAGGAAGAGCAGAUGAGACAGAAGGACUCCCGGGCACGGCUUACCAGCUCCGCGAUCAGGAGCGUGCGGAUACUCAAGUCCCACGGCUGGGAGGCGGCCUUCCUAGAGCGGAUCCUGCACACGCGGGGCCGGGAGCUGGCUGCCCUCAAGACCUCAGGCCUCCUCUUCUCCGUGUCUCUGGUGUCCUUCCAAGCGUCCAUUUUUCUGAUGGCUCUGGUCCUGUUUGCCAUCCACACGCUGGUGGCUGAGGAGAACGCCAUGGAUGCUGAGAAAGCCUUCGUGACCCUCACCAUCCUCGCCAUUCUCAACAAGAUCCAGGGGUUUGUGCCCUUUACCAUCCACUCCACGGCCCAGGCCCGGGUGUCCCUUGAACGUCUGGCCACCUUCCUCUGCUUGGAAGAAGUGAACCCUGGGGCGGUGGACUCAAUCCCCUCCGGAUGCCCUGCUGGGGAGACCUGCAUCCGUGUGCACCAGGGCACCUUCACUUGGACCCAAGACAGCCCUCCCUGCUUGCACAGGAUCAACCUUUCAGUGCCCCAGGGCUGUCUGCUUGCCAUCGUGGGUCCAGUGGGGGCAGGGAAAUCCUCCCUGCUGUCGGCCCUCCUGGGGGAGUUGUCCAAGCUGGAGGGGUCCGUGAGCAUCAGGGGUUCUGUGGCCUAUGUGCCCCAGGAGGCCUGGGUGCAGAACUCGAGCUUGGUGGAGAACGUGUGCUUCAGGCAGCAGCUGGAGCCGCAGUGGCUGGAGAAGGUGCUGGAGGCUUGUGCCCUGGGGCCGGACGUGAGCAACUUCCCUGAGGGCAUCUACACACAAGUUGGGGAGCAGGGCAUGAGUCUCUCUGGAGGCCAGAAGCAGCGGCUGAGCCUGGCCCGGGCUGUGUACCGUAAGGCUGCCGUGUACCUGUUAGACCAGCCCCUGGCAGCCCUGGAUGCCCAUGUCAGCCAGCAAGUCUUCAGCCAGGUCAUCGGGCCUGGAGGGCUGCUCCAGGGGACGACUCGGAUCCUGGUGACCCACGCACUCCACAUCCUCCCCCAGGCUGACUGGAUCGUGGUGCUGGAAGACGGGGCCAUUGCAGAAAUGGGCUCCUACCAGGAGCUCCUGCAUAGGAAGGGGGCCCUGGUGGACCUUCUGGAUCGAGCCAGACAGCCAGGAGGGAGAGGUGAAGGAGAAAAAGAACCUAUGACUGGAGCUGAGGGUGCCAGGGUUUCCGCUGGAGAUGGGGAGCCCAUGUGUGGGCCAGAGGGGUACAUGAAGUUAGUUACCAACAAGGACAGCAGCACUUCAGAGACCCAGACCAGGGCUCGUGGAGGCAACACCAAGAAGGCAGGACAACCAACAUCAGGGGACAGCGUGCGCUAUGGCCGGGUGAAAGCUGCCAUGUACCUGUCCUACCUGCGGGCUGUGGGCACCCCACUCUGCUUCUACGUGCUCUUCCUCUUCCUCUGCCAGCAAGUGGCCUCCUUCUGCCUCGGCUACUGGCUGAGUCUCUGGGCGGAUGACCCUAUCGUGGAUGGGAAGCAGGCGCAGGCAGCCCUUCGGGGCUGGGUCUUCGCACUCCUGGGCUGUCUCCAAGCCAUCGGGCUGUUUGCCUCCAUGGCCAUGGUGUUCCUCGGGGCUUUCCAGGCAUCCAGCCUGCUCUUCCAGAGGCUCCUGUGGGAUGUGAUGCAGUCUCCCAUUGGCUUCUUCGAGCAGACGCCCAUUGGGAACCUGCUGAACCGCUUCUCCAAGGAAACGGACACCAUCGAUGUAGACAUCCCGGACAAAGUCCGCUCCCUGCUUGUCUAUGCCUUUGGAUUCCUGGAGGUCAGCCUAGUGGUGACGGUGGUCACCCCACUGGCUGCUGUGGCCAUCCUGCUGCUGGUGGUCUUCUAUGCCGGCUUUCAGAGCCUGUAUGUGGCCAGUUCAUGCCAGCUCAGACGCCUGGAGUCAGAGAAGCACUCGCUUGUAUGCUCCCAUGUGACUGAGACCUUCCAUGGCAGCACUGUGGUCAGGGCCUUCCACGUCCAGGCUUCCUUUGUGGAUCAGAGCAACAGACAUGUGGAUGAAAGCCAGAGGGUCAGUUUCCCACGGCUGGCAGCAGACAGAUGGCUUGCCCUCAACCUGGAGUUCCUGGGGAAUGGACUGGUGUUGGUGGCUGCCACAUGCGCUGUGCUGAGCAAGGUCCACCUCAGUGCUGGCCUUGUGGGCUUCUCCAUCUCUGCCGCCAUCCAGGUGACCCAGACUCUGCAAUUUGCUGUUCGUACCUGGACAGACCUGGAAAACAAUAUCGUGUCAGUGGAACGAGUGGAAGACUACACCCAGACACCCAAGGAGGCACCCUGGGCACUGCCCACCUGUGCAGCCCAGGCCCCCUGGCCUCGCGGGGGAGAGAUUGAGUUCCGGGACUUUGGGUUGAGAUACCGCCCCGAGCUCCCCCUGGCUGUGCAGGGUGUGUCCUUCAAGAUCCACGCAGGAGAGAAGACCCACCAGGCCCUAAUGUGAACUUCCUUCCCCCGAGCUGCUUCCAUCUGUGUCUGCACUGUCAACCUCCUGGAGCUGUCAUGACCUGCCGUACUCAACUGCUUGGAACACAAGCAUUCACCAUGCAUUAGUUUGUGCUUUUUACUGACUUGUUUGGUUUCACGAGAGAAAUUGAGAUAGACCAGAGCAUGGCUUAACUCUGAUAUACAUUGUGCUGGGGACUGAACCAGUCUGGUGCUGCAAGCCUGGACACUACUGCUAUGUGUCAGCACUCUCCUGACCCUAUCAGCCUUUUUUUUUUAUUGUUGUUGUUAUUGAUGUCAUCAUUGUUGGAUAGGACAGAGAGAAAUGGAGAGAGGAGAGGAAGACAGAGGGGGAGAGAAAGAUGGACAUGUGCUUCACCGCCUGUGAAGUGACUUCCCUGCAGAUGGGGAGCUGGGGACUCAAACUGGGAUCCUUGUGCUUAUCCUUCGCUUUGUGCCAGUGCCACAUGCGCUUAACCUGCUGCACUACCACCCGACUCCCCCAUAAGCCUUUUAGUAACUUUAAAAAACAUAUUUUAGGUGGGGGGAGAUAGCAUAAUGGUUAUGCAAAAAUAUAAUUUAUUAGAGAGAGAAAUUGAGAUGGUAAGGGGAGACAAAGAAGAGAGAGAAAGAGAGACCACUUCAGCAUUACUUCAGUGCUUGUGAAGCAUCCUGUGUGCAGAUGGGGCCUGGAGCCUUGAACCCAGGUCCUUGUUUGGUAAACAUAUGCACUCAGGCAGGUCUGCCACUGCCAGUUCCCUGCUGUUAGUAACUUUUAUUUGCAUUUGCACUCUGGCACUACCCUCUGAGGAAGGUGCUAGUAUGAUUCCAUUUUAACAGAGGUCAGUUAUUGAAUCUCCUUCCUCCCUCCUCAUCCAGGGGUGCUCUCUGCUGCUCUUUACACCAUCAAUAUCUAUCCCCCACUGUCUCCUAUCUGUCUCACCACCUGCCAUCCUUUCUCCUGUGACCCUUAUUUGAACAAGUCAUCCCUCUGCCAGGAGAGGGGGGCUAAUUCCUGAGCUUGACAUUUAAGGUCCUGUGCACCUCUCCAUUCCAUUCACCCACUGUCCUGCCAAGGCUUUGCCAACUCAGUGAAACAUGUCUCUGGAUCAGGUGGGCAUAGGAUGCUGCCCAUGGUGAACUUACAGUCUAGCACUUGGCAUGGUUUACAGACACCCCCCUCCAAGCUCCUUCAAGGUUCUGCUCCAGCAUCACCUCCAUGAAGACUUCUCUGAUCACCACCCAUCAACAACCAUCUCACACAGAACCUCUUUGCUAUAUAUAGGUCCAGAGCUUGAUUAUAGAAAGCACUUAGUAGGGCAGGGGCAGAUAGCUUAAUGGUUAAGCAAAGAAAGCACUUGUUUUUCAUACUGUAUUAAGUUUACUGAGUUGUAUUUCCAAGACCAGAUGGAGAGCCUGUUGGAGCCAGGAUGCUUUAGUUUCUGUAUUUCUGAAACCUCAAAGGGUGCCUGUCAUACAGCAAGAGGUCUCAUGUGUGUCACUCACUGACUGAAUAGGUUAAAUAGAUCCCAUGUGAGAGAUACUGGUUGUACAGCAGAGAGAUAAUGAGGACCAAGAUGAGGGAGGGAUGGAAGAGCAGACAGAUGGAUGAGGGACAGAGAAAAGGAUGACUUGAGAGAUGGAGGAGGAUGAAAGAGUGAGAAGGGGGAGAAGGACAACAAAAUGGGAGACAACCACAAGGAUUGGGAGGGGCAUGGUGGCAUGCCAUGGAGAUAAAAGGAAGGGAGGGGUGAUAGAGGGGCAUGGGUGAAAGAAUAGGGGCCAGAAGGAAGGGGGUAGCUAGAAAGAGGGAAGAUAUGUCAAAAUGAAGGAAAGAGGGACCAGAAGAUUGCUCACCCUUUUGGGUGCAUACCUUGCUGUGCAAGCAGUGAGUUCUGGCCCCAGCACCACAUGGGAGUGCUGUGGUGUUGGGGGAAGCUCUGGUGCUAUGGUAUCUCGCCUCUCCUUCCCUCUAUCUGAAAUAAAAAUGGUGAACAAAGUC